AUGGCUUUUGGCACCGAACGUCACUGGAGCGCAUGGAACUUCUUCAUAUGCUGGAUGGUCUCCCUGGGGCAGAUCGCUUUUGGCUAUCCUGCUUCCAUCAUUGGUGUUACACUCGCCCAACCAUCCUUUCUAGUCUAUAUGGGCCUGCUGGAUGUCACACAAGAUCCCCCAGUCAUGACUCCAGGGGCGGAUCAGAAGAUUGGGGCAAUGUCAGGAGUAUUCCAAGCUGGUGCUGCUAUCAAUGUCUUUAUCGCCGGUUAUGUGUCAGACAGAUGGGGACGUAAGGCUGGAUUCCACUGGUGUGGCUUUUUGUCGCUGCUCGGGGGUGCGCUGCUUUGCGGCAGCAGAAAUUCCACCAUGUUCAUCGUUGCUCGCCUCUUCGCGGGGGCCGGGAGCUGGGGUUACCUUGCAGUCACCCCAUAUUACUCUGCAGAGUUGGCACCUCCAGGCCUUCGCGGCCUCAUGGUGGGCAUGAACGGUGUCAAUAUCGCAUUGGGCUAUGCUCUCGCCAGCUAUAUGGGUCUUGCCUUUUACUACGUCGAUGAUCCACAGACCCAAUGGCGAGCUCCUUUGGGAAUUGCACUCAUUUGGCCAGUGAUGAUGGUUCUAGUCUGCUUUGUCAUCCCAGAAUCACCCCGAUUUCUCCUCAUGAAGGGUCGGAUUGACGAAGCGAGGGACGUUGUCUUCAAGCUGCACGCAUCUAAGAACGACCCCGAUCAAGAAUUUGCUCGCGGGGAGUUCUAUCAGAUGUCAAAGCAAGCCGAGUUGGAUAGGACCAUGGAACCGGGCUGGCUUGAAAUGAUCCGCCGCCCCAGCUACCGCAAGCGUACGAUCAUGGCCAUGGGCUUCGCAUUCAUUGGCCAGUCGACGGGCGUGUUGGUUUUAAACAACUACGGUCCAACCAUCUACGCAGCCCUAGGUUACGAUACCUUGUACCAACUGAUCUUCCAGUGCGGCUGGAUUACUGUGGGCAUUUUUGGCAACUUGGUGGGUGCCCUGAUUAUGGAUUGGACCGGCCGCAAGCCUCUGCUUGUCAUGGGUGUUGCUGGCUGCUGCGUGUCACUCAUUCUCGAAGCUGCGAUGGUUAGCUCCUACGCCGAGGAGGGGACCAACAAGGCUGGUCUUCGAAUGGGCGUUGCGGCUGCGUACUUGUUCCUGCUAGUAUACAGCAUCGGCAUCGACGUCGCCGGUGUUGUCUUCUAUUCGGAACUUUUCCCCAACCAUCUGAGAGCGAAGGGCCUGGCUCUCAGUAUUGCUGUCAUUGCACUGACAGACUUGGUCUAUCUACAAGUUGCAGCGACAGCUUUUGCCAACAUCGGCUGGAAAUUCUAUCUGGUCUUCAUUAUCCUUUCGGGCCUGGGCGCGUUCUUUGCAUACUUCUACCUUCCUGAGACGAAGAACAUCCCGCUUGAAGAGAUGGCCAAACUGUUUGGAGACGAGGUCGCCGUCUACGCGGAAGACCUCCACGUCGAUCACCGCACCCACGAGCUCAUCGUUGAUGAACACGGUCAUACCGGUGUGCACAAGGUCGCAACUGAGGCUGGUAACCCGCGACCGUCCACAGGCGGAGACGUGGAAAAACAUGGAACUGGCCACGGGGCUACCACUGAGCAUGUCGACUCAGAACAAAGUGAAAAGGAAUAG